AUGGCAAGUAGGUUACAACUCCAAGUACCUUGCCUCAUCAAUGAGAACUAUGAGAAUUGGAGCCUCCAGAUGAAGGUGUUGUUCGGCUUCCAUGAUAUUUGGAUAGUAGUGGAGAGAGCCUAUGAGAAGCCUCAAAAUGAAACAAAUGCCAUGGCAAACCAAACUUUCAGGGAGUUGAGGAGGAAGGACAAGAAGGUGCUCUUCUUCAUCCAUCAAACCUUAGAUGAAGCAAACUUUGAGAAAGUUACAAAUGCUACUACCUCCAAACAAGCCUGGGAGAUCCUUGAGAAUGCCUAUAAAGGUAUAGAAAAUGUGAAGAAGAUGAAAGAGUCUGAAACCAUUGUGGACUAUUUCACCCGAGUUCUUUCCAUGGUGAACCAACUAAAGAAGAAUGGUGAGAAAUUGGAGGAUGUUCGUACAGUUGAAAAAAUUCUAUGCUCGGUGAAUGACAAAUUCGAGCAUAUUGUUGUAGCCAUCGAAGAAUCAAAAGACCUAGAAUCUAUGUCUAUAGAUGAGCUUGUGGGCUCAUUGAAAAUAAAGCUUCUAAAAAUGAUGAGAAUCCAAGUAACCAAGGUCGAGGUUGAGGUCGUUGGCAUGGCCAUGGCUAUGACCAUGGCCAUGGCCAUGGUCAUGGAGGAUGAGGAAGAUAUGAAGAAAGAAGUCAAAGCCCCAAUGGUGGAUAAGGGAGAGCAGAAACAGCAAGCUGAAGAUAAUCAAAAUAAAGAGAAAGCCAAUUUUGUGGCAAAGAAAGAAAAACAAGAUUCUUUCUUGUUGAUUGCUUACAAAGAAGAUGAUGCCAACAAGUAUGACAAUUGGUACUUGGACAUGGGAGCAAGUAACCAUAUGUACGGCCAUAAAAGCAUGUUUGUGGAGUUAGAUGAGUCGAUUGAAACUCAAGUCUAUUUUGAUGACUCUUCAAAAGUUUCGAUGAAAGACAAAGGUAAAAUCCUUAUUCACCUUAAAAAUAGAAGCUACUAA